GGGCCUGAGGGGCGAGCGUGGGGCGCCGCCAUGUCGGAGGCGGUUGCGGCUGUGGCGGAGGCGCGGUUGCGGCGGAAGCAGCUGCUGAGCGCGGAGGAGGCGGAGUUGUUCGAGCUAGCGCAGGCGGCGGGUAGCGGGCUGGACCCGGAGGUGUUCCGGGUGCUGCUGGACCUGCUGCGCAUGAACGUGGCGCCGCUCGCUGUCUUCCAGGUGCUGAAGUCCAUGUGCGCCGGGCAGCGGCUGCCGCCGGGACCCGAAGGCGGCCCCCCCGCCGCGCCGGCGCCGCUCCCCGCCGACACCCGAGUGCUGCAAGGUGUUAAGUUGUGGUAUUGGUGUGGGUCCUGUUCUCAGACAUCUGCUGCAAGGAGACAGGAUGGUUCGGGAGAAAUAAAACCAGUUCUGCUGUCAGUGGGACCCAGGUUCUAGCGGAAAGGAGCAGCCGGGAAGGAUCUGCCCAGAGGAUGCCUCGGCAGCCCAGUGCAAGCCGGCUGCAGAAAACAGGAGCUUCUGGAAAGAACACUGGAGGAGGCAACAGUACCUAAAUAAGGCCUUGAAACCGAUGUAUUCUGGUGCUUGGCAAUGUAUAUAAACCAUUUUGUUAAGACUGCUUGUGUUAUAUGUGUUAACCUGACAAACAUGGUUUGUAAGGUAUGGAA